AUGAAUUUGAGAUACCAAAUGGUGUCAAAGAAGUUGAGGAAAACACAUUUUGGGACAAAUUUUGCAGAAAAUGUGACUCAAAUCAAUGUGCCAAAUACUAUCACUAAAAUUGGGAACAAUGCUUUUUCAGGAGUUAUAAAUUUGUGUGUGUUAACACUUCCAGACACUUUGAAAUUCAUUGGAAAACACAUCUUUUCUCACAACAUCAAAUUAACAAAAAUUGAUAUCGGCAACAACACACAAAAUGAUUUUGAUAAGUUCGUCGUUAGUUAUUGUUGCCACUUGAGACUUCUUAAUUAUAGGUAUCAUUUUAACAAUAUUGAAUUGAUUAUUUCGGACAUUGAAAAUGUUGGCAACACUUUCGAUGUGACUAAACUGCGAAAGUUUGCAACUACAUCAGUAUUAAAUACUCAACUGUUUGAUAAUGUCCCACCAUUAGUAACUGAAUACUGUGAUUUGUUGUUAAAUGCAAAACACUUGAUUAUUCCAAAUGAAGUCACUGAUAUGAUUGAAUAUACUUGUGAAAAUAUGCCAAUCCACACAGUCAAUAUUUUAAAUGUCCCUGUGAUAGCAGAAGGCGCGUUUUCUCAACGUCAUUAUUUAACACAAAUUGUUCUAAAUGAAACGUUGAAAAGUAUUGAAAACAACGCAUUUGAGUCGUGUUUAUCAUUGAAAGAAAUAGUUCUUCCAAAAAGUCUUCAAUACACAGGAAACAGGGCGUUCGAAAAGUGUUGUUCCCUCACAAAAGUGUCAUGUGAAAAUGAUAAUAUUAUUUAUGGAACAAAGUGUUUUGCUUUUUGUGUUUCACUGAAAGAAGUUCCAGUUAUAAAAAAUAUAAACGUUGCGAUUGAAAGUUGUAAAGAGAUUUGUGAUUUUGCGUUUUAUCGAUGUUUGUCACUCAUAAAAAUUGGUAUCCCAAAAAGCGUCACAAAAAUUGGAGUUUUUAGUUUUAGAAAGUGUGUCACAUUGAGAGAAAUUGAAAUACCAAAAAGUGUAAUUACCAUCGAGGAUGGUUCGUUUUAUGACUGUAAAAACAUUAAAAAAGUUUUUAUAGAUAAUUCCAAUGUUAUAUGUGGAGUUGAUGUGUUUGAGGGUUGUGAAAAAAUCACUACACUGCAAAUUGGCAACGAAAAAGAAAAGUACCAAUUUGAAGUGAGUUACUCUUUUUAUUUACUAAUGAAGAAUAUACACAUCAGUUGUGAGAAUGUAGUAGUGAAGAGAAGUGAUGUUCUUAAAUAUAGCACUGCAAAAAUGAUUAAUGAAAUUCAAAUGAACAAGUUAAUUCACAGACUUGACGAAGGCUGCUUCUUCAUGAAUUCCGAGUUGACCAAAAUUGAAGUUUUAAACAAUGUGACAGAAAUUGGAAAUUUCGCAUUUUACAACUGUCUGAAUUUGAAAGAAGUUAUCUUGCCAAAGAAUAUUGUCGAGAUUUCACCUACUGUUUUGAUGGAUGUUCAAACUUGA